UAUUAUUUUUUCUUCUUCUUCUUCAAAAGUCUCUUUUUGACCACCAUUGAUCCUUCCUCUCUUUCUUCUCUUCUUCCUCCUAUCUGCUCCAGUCUUUCCUUACCUCUCUCUCUCUCAUGGGUCUCCAUGGCUAUCAGUAUUUAUUAGAUAUAUGUUAUGAUUUUCUGUCCUAAAACCUCUACAGCUUCAUCUAUUUUUCUUGCUUAUUUUCCUUUCUUCCAAACAUGGGUGGCUGUCUAUCUAACACCAGAGUUAGUGGCUCAAACAGCAACAAUAACACCACCGUGAAUCAAAAUCGUAAAGAGACGACCAAAGCCCAAACCAAAACCACCGCUGCCACCACCGUACAAGGAGCCACGCGCCACCAUCAGCAACGCAAACAGAACAAGCGGAAUGAGACCCAGAAGAACAAUAGGAAUCCCCAGCAGCUUAAUAAUAAUAACCCUAAAGAUAAGCAGAGUACCAGGCGACCAGGGGGGCUGAUUCCGUGUGGGAAGCGUACGGAUUUUGGGUACGAUAAGAAUUUCGAUGAGCGAUACACGAUCGGGAAAUUGUUGGGUCAUGGUCAAUUUGGGUAUACCUUUGUUGCUACUGACAAGGCUAAUGGGGAUCGAGUUGCGGUUAAGAGAAUUGAGAAGAGCAAGAUGGUUCUUCCUAUAGCUGUUGAGGAUGUUAAGCGAGAAGUCAAGAUAUUGCAAGAACUUACCGGCCAUGAGAAUGUGGUUCAGUUUUAUAACGCAUUUGAGGAUGAUUCUUACGUGUAUAUAGUUAUGGAGUUAUGUGAGGGUGGCGAAUUGCUGGAUCGUAUCUUGGCCAAGAAGGAUAGCCGUUAUACUGAGAAGGAUGCAGCAGUAGUUGUCCGUCAAAUGCUUAAGGUUGCUGCGCAGUGUCAUUUACAUGGUUUAGUACACCGUGACAUGAAACCAGAGAAUUUUCUAUUUAAGUCAAACCGAGAAGACUCGUCUCUGAAAGCCACGGAUUUCGGUCUGUCAGACUUCAUCAAACCAGAAAAGAAGUUCCAAGAUAUUGUGGGCAGUGCUUACUACGUUGCUCCUGAAGUAUUGAAACGCAAGUCAGGGCCUGAAUCUGAUGUCUGGAGUAUUGGUGUGAUCACCUACAUUUUGCUCUGUGGGAGGCGCCCUUUCUGGGAUAAGACCGAGGAUGGUAUAUUUAAGGAGGUUCUGAGAAACAAGCCUGAUUUCCGCCGUAAGCCAUGGCCGAGUAUAAGUAGCAGUGCUAAAGAUUUUGUAAAGAAGUUAUUGGUGAAGGAUCCUAGAGCAAGACUAACUGCUGCUCAGGCCCUAUCUCACCCUUGGGUCAGAGAAGGAGGAACUGCAUCAUCAGAUAUACCAAUUGAUAUAUCUGUUCUGAAUAACAUGCGGCAGUUUGUGAAGUACAGUCGUUUGAAACAGUUUGCUCUAAGGGCAUUGGCUAGCACACUUGAUGAAGAGGAGCUUUCGGAUCUCAAAGAUCAAUUUGAUGCAAUUGAUGUGGAUAAAAAUGGUGCUAUUAGUCUGGAAGAAAUGAGACAGGCCCUUGCGAAAGAUCUUCCUUGGAAACUGAAAGACUCGCGUGUCCUAGAGAUACUGCAAGCUAUUGACAGCAACACAGAUGGGCUUGUGGAUUUCUCCGAGUUCGUUGCUGCCACGCUCCAUGUUCAUCAGUUGGAAGAACAUGACUCUGACAAAUGGCAGGAACGUUCGCAAGCGGCUUUCCACAAAUUUGAUUUAGAUAAAGACGGGUUUAUAACUACAGAGGAACUUAGAAUGCACACUGGUUUAAGAGGCUCCAUUGACCCCCUUCUUGAGGAGGCUGAUAUUGACAGAGAUGGGAAGAUAAGCUUAUCUGAAUUCCGCAGACUUCUCAGAACCGCAAGUCUGAGUUCGCGAAAUGUUCCUAGCCCCUCCUCCGGUGGUCCUCGGAACUUUAAAAAGCUGUAGAUUAAAAUUGAAAAUUUUUGGAACUUGAAAUGAGAAAGAUAGUAAAAGAGAUGGGAAGUUAAUUCCCCAUCCCUCGUUAUCUACUUUUGAAGUCAAGAAAGGCCCUUAUCUUCUUCUGCCAUGGAACAUUGUCAAAUGCUAGGAAUUCAAUGAUAGGACUCUUCUGAAUUGGAUUGUGAAUCCAAUUGACAGACCAUCGGUUAUAUUUAGGGCUGGUGUGGAAUGCAGAUGGAUCUUGACAGAGAGUGACUCCAUGUGUUGUGGUUAUUACUUGUAUACAUCUUUUUGGAGUGUUGGGGUUUUUCUUGUUGUACCGUACAAAUUGUAAUGUGUGACAUAAAUAAAAAACAGAAAAAAAGAAAGGAAAAAAAAGUACAAUGAAAAUGCGAUGGAUUUAAUGUACUGCAUAUAGUUUAUUCUCUUAGAAUUUCAAUCAAAUGGUCUCUAAGUGAAAAUUGGAAUGAAAUGCUUCAUGUUCAGCACUA